AGAGCAAAGUUGAAGUAAAAUCGAUGACUAUAAAUUGUUAGGUUAACAGUUAAUAAUAAUUGUAAAUAAAACAAAUCAGUAAAUCCCUUAAUCCUACGAAUCGGAUAAUAUUCAAAUACUAGUAUUCAGGAAAAUGCCGCCCCAUGGAGGUCAUGGAAGUACCUGCUGCGAAGGCGACAGCCAUAAGAAUGAAACCCAAGAAAUGGGUGUAGAAUACAGUCUUUAUACCAAAAUUAACAAAGACAAUUUGGAAUGUUUGAAUGAAGAAUGUGAAGGUUCUGGGAAGACCAUUUUCAAGCCUUGGGUGGAAAGGCUCAAUUUUGAUACUGUUGUCGAAUCAGAUGCAGAUGCAGAAUUGUUAUUCAAUAUUCCUUUUACUGGAAAUAUUAAAUUAAAAGGAAUUAUUGUUGUCGGAGAAGACAACGAAACUCACCCUUCUAGAAUGAGAAUAUUCAAAAAUAGGCCAUCAAUGACUUUUGAUGAUGUUUCAAUAUCACCUGAUCAGGAAUUUGUACUUCACCAUGACACCCAAGGAACUCUAGAAUAUGCAACAAAGGUUGUUACUUUCAAUAAUGUCCAUCAUUUGAGUCUCCAUUUUCCUAGUAAUUUUGGCGGAGAUAAGACUAAAAUUUAUUACAUAGGAUUACGAGGUGAAUUUUUUGUAUCUCAUCAUCAUGGAGUGACCAUCUGUAAUUAUGAGUCGGCUCCUAAUAUAUCUGAUCACAAAAACCAGUUGGAUGAGAUUUCAGGUCAUACUGUUCAAUAAACGAACUGAUUCUAAUAAUCAUUUAUUAUUUGUGAUAUGAAUACAAAAUGUUUUCCAGUCAAUUCUGAGAGUUUUUGUACUUAUUUAUUUUUCCAUUUUGUGUGUACUUGAACAAUAGCUAAUGCUGAACUAACUUGUUAUUUGAAAAGUAGUCUUUUUAUUUUCAAAGUGAUUAUUGUUAUGUUUUUGUUAAAUUUCAUAAGUAAUGUAAUAAUUCAUAGCAAUAAAUAAUUGAAUAUA